AUGCGUUCAAACCGAAUAUUUACAUUUUGGUCGUUACAACUGGCCUGGUUUCUUCUAUCACAAGAACGAGGGCUACCUACAGGGACGAAACUAGUAAGCCGUGUCGAACACAAAUUCAACUUCAUUUUUAUUAUUAAAUGUAUUUUUUACUUAGUCGUAAAAGUAGACAUUCAGAUUAUCGCUAACCAAAGUUCGUUAUAUAUAUUUCCACAUAGUUUUCUGAAUAUCUUGAGGUAUUCGCGCCGCAGUAAUCAUUUUUCACUCUUAUUAUAUAACUAUAUUGGUCACACAUCUCAUGUCAGACUCAACACAUACCUAAAACCCGGAGGAUUUGUCACCAGUGACCCUGAGUUGUGGUUUGCUCAACUACAGUAUUACUUCAUGCGACACAAUAUUAAAUCUGAAGGAAUUCGUCAUAGCGACGUAUGUUCUGUCCUCCAUCCUUCAGUCGCCAAAGAAGUCCGUGACUUGAUUUUAAGCCCACAACCAUACAUCAACCUAAGACGAAAGAUAAUGGACCGUUUAUCAUUAUCAGACAGUCAAAGAAUCCACAGGCUUUUCCAAGUAAAAACAUUAGGUGAUAGGUCACCGUCACAGAUUUCACGUCACCUCCAAGUCCUAAUGGGUGAUAACACAGUGGAUUCAAAUGGUUCAAAUGGUUGUAGACGGAAUAGAAGUAGCUUUCGCUUAACAGGCUCCUGUGUCUAGUGGCAGGGGAUCACCAAAUCCUCCAGGCAGGAACCUAGGUAUUUAACAAUAAAAGAGGAAAAGAAAUUAGUAAAUCAUAGUGUGAUACUAUCCUUAGUCCUUAAGAAUAGAUCAAGUUGCCUCUUAAAGCACUCCUGGGAAGUCGCUUGGACUAGCUCGGCCGGCAGCGCAUUCCAGCAUUUGACAACUCUUAAGGAGUAGAAGUUGUGUCCACAGUUUUUGGGUGUUACCUCUUAGGUUAGUGUUGAAACUAAGCUUAAUUACGUGUUUGAGAGUAUGUCCAGAAGUGUUAAGGAUACUAUAAGCCAUCAGGUCACCUCUAAGAUGUCUAUACUCUAAUGAGUAAAGGUUAAGUGAAUGGAGGCGCUCUUCGUAAGGUUUAAAUUUGAGUCUUCGAACUGAUUUCGUGGCUCGCCGUUGGAUACGCUCCAGGGUGUCCUUAUCCUUUUAGAAUGAGGGGAGAAAUACUGUGGUUCCGUACUCUAAAUGGGGACGGAUAAAACUAUUGAAGAUUAUAUGGAAAAUUCUUCCGUCAAACUGGCCAAAAAUGCGCUUCAAUGUUACCAGUGCAAGGUUUGCUCGGAAGGCAUCUUUGUCACAGUUAGCGUAAGACUUGAAAUCAUAGGGCACCAGGACUCCUAAAUCUUUUCGACUUGGGAUACUACUAGAGAGGAGUUUCCUAAGUUGUAGCUGUAGUUUGCGACAUGUCGCAGAUGGAGUACUUUACACUUUGAAGUGUUAAAGUUAAGUCCAUUAUCGUCUGCCCAACUUUGAAGUCGAGUCAAAUCCUCCUGAAGUGCCUGUAUAUCGUCUUGGUUGCGUAUCUCUCUCCAAAGUUUCAUGUCGUCAGCAAAAAGUAAUAAGUCUGACGUUACCUGUUGAGGAAGAUUAUUUAUAUAGAUCAAGAAGAGAGGAGGUCCUAGUACUGAGCCCUGGGGGACCCCACUAUGACAUUCCAUAGCCUGAGAUAAAGGGAAAUUAACCCUGACCUUAAAAUGUCGAUUUUCCA